AGCUGACGGCUUCUAGGAGAACUCUGUAUCAGACUGGCUAGCUGCAGGCCAGGUGCAUGGCCUAACAUUUAUGAGAUUGCAAACUGGAAGAGGAGUGGAAAGGCAGAAACAAAGAGCUUGUUCCAGUGCAACAAUGAAACAAUAACUUCAGAGAAAGUUGCAAACCAUCACCCUGCAUACAAAAGAAAGAGCACAAAGAGGCAUGGGGCUGCUUGAUCAAGCCAACAGCACCAUCAUUGUGGAUGAGCGUAUCUUGGAUAAAAAGUUGUUAUUUGGUUGGCACACAAAGAGCCUUGCCACUGCAAGUGAGGGGCUCCAAGGAUCCAAUGAUGCGAUGAUGGACAGCACCAAAAUCUUGGGGGUCCAGAUCAUACUGAUAGCUGCCUACUCCUUAAUCAUUCUGCUGGGAUUUGUUGGUAAUUCCUUGGUCAUCUACAUGAUCGUGAAAUACAAAACUAUGAGGACUGUAACUAACUUUUUCAUAGCUAACCUAGCACUGGCAGAUUUAAUGGUGGACACACUUUGUUUGCCCUUCACCUUGGCCUACACUCUUUUGGAUGAAUGGAAGUUUGGGGCUGUGCUUUGCCACUUGGUGUCCUAUGCUCAAGCUUUAAGUGUUCAUGUCUCCACCCUGACCUUAACUGUUAUUGCUCUGGACAGAUAUAGAUGCAUUGUUUUCCACUUAGACAGCAGGAUUUCCAAGAAGAUCAGCUUCACCAUCAUAGCUAUUACUUGGCUGGUUGCUGCCAUUCUAGCAAGUCCACUUGCCAUCUUCCGAGAGUACAGAUUUGAAGAAAUCCCAACCAUCAAUCUCAGAAUAGCUGUCUGCUCAGAGAAAUGGCCUUCUGAAAGCAGGGAUGCCACCAUAUACAGCUUGUCCAUGCUCCUCUUGCAGUAUGUUCUCCCACUUUCCAUCAUCUGCUAUGCUUACAUCAGGAUAUGGUUCAAACUCAGAAGCCACAUCAGUCCCACUGCUAGGAAUGACAGUCACUGCCGAAGGAGAAAGACCACAAAAAUGCUAGUCAUGGUAGUAGUGGUGUUUGCAGUCUCUUGGCUCCCUUUUCACGUGUUCCAGCUUGCUAUUGACUUAGAUCUAGUGCUCAACUUCCAUGAUUAUAAACUCCUUUACACGGUGUUCCAUGUGGUGGCCAUGUGUUCCACCUUUGCUAACCCUUUGCUCUAUGGCUGGAUGAACAAAAACUACCGGAAUGGGUUCCUCAUGUUUUUCCGCUGUCAGAACAAACCAGAGAGACUGUAUACUGAAGGAUCCAUCAGGGGUCGGUCCUACACUUUCAGAGCCACCACCUUGAAUGGGAGCAUCAAGCACUCAACAGGCAAUGGGCAGCUACCAACACAAGUUUAACAAACCAACAGCUGCAUCCCCAUAUAGGGGCUGGAACACCAUUGAGGAGUAACAUCCACCUGGAACUCAUGGCUUUCCUAAAAGUUAAAAAAUGUGUUGUAUUGCCAAAAUGCUAUCAGUAUCAUAGCCAAACACAAGCACUUUGUCUAUCUCUCCAAAGUAACUCAUGUGCUGCCCAUUAUGUUUCAUGAAGCAAGUUAAUUAAACCAUGCCUCAGGUUCUCUGUUGCCUGUUAACAUAAACAGAGGAAAACAUGUUGUAUACUGGGUACUCUAAUUUGUGAAACAAUUAAGCCCUACUGUUCUCUGGAAGAGUGAACAAGAUUACUUAACUGCUUUAUGCACCCAGUACGAAUGGAAAUAUCUGUACAAAUAUGGGCAAAAUACAGGGUUGUAUGGUACAUAUUAAAUUGUGUAUUCUUUUAAUUGA